GAUUCGCAACACUUGAGCGUACUUCGGAAACAACCUUUCUACCUCCGUGAGGUUGGGGUAAAGUGCGUCCACUCUAUCCUUCUCAGACCUUACUGGUGGGGUUAAAUUUGGAUAUGUUGUUGUUGUAUGUCUUUGUUACCAUCUGUAUCUUUCUUUUGAGGUGGUUAUUUAACCAACCGAGGAAUCUAGACUAUAUAAUAUUGUUACCUUGACAAUGAUAUUUGCCUACUUUGACUAGUAAAAAUUGCUAUUUGAAUAAAAUGAUAAGCUGUCAGCUCAUAAGUUUACACUGAAAAGUCCUAGAAGUUUACUCAGCCGUCGAAUGGUCUUAGCUAGAAGAAAGAAUAAUUUACAUUUCCUUAAUAAUCACGAGCAAUUUUUCUCCUAUUAGAUAUCUUCUUCUCACUUUUCUACUAUAACUUUUGGACAAGUGGCACUUGUCUCUUAUCUUUUUCCCCUGGCAAUUGUUGUACAGUAAUGAAUAUGUGUAUUUUGAUUGUGUACAGAAUGGGAAAUCCCUCAUAUUAAGACUUCUUACGGAUUGGUAACGACUAUUCUUGUAAGCUAAUGUUAUAAACCUAUGGAUGCUCUUUGGCUUAUUCCCUAUUACGCUUGUUUACUUUGUUCAAUGGGGAGAACAAGUGCAGUGUCCCAUACCAUCCGUCAAUCUCAAUCUCUAAGUGAUGGUGAGAGCUUAGUUUCUGAAGGGGGAACUUUUGAGCUGGGUUUCUUUAGUCCAGGAAGUUCCACGGAACGGUACUUGGGCAUUUGGUAUAAGAAUAUUUCUGUCAGGACUGUUGUUUGGGUUGCAAACAGGAAAACUCCAAUUAAAGAUCUUACUGGAGAAUUGAUGAUUAACAGCACAGGCAGUAUUGUGGUUUCCAGUAAGACUGAUGGUGAUAUUUGGUCAACAAAUUCAUUCAAGGUACCUCAAGCAGCUGUUUUACAGCUUUUAAAUUCUGGGAAUCUUAUCCUAAGAGAUGAGAAGGUUAGUAACUCAGAUGUCUAUCUUUGGCAGAGCUUUGAUUACCCGUGUGAUACACUGUUACCUGGAAUGAAGCUUGGAUGGGAUUUACGAUCUGGUCUUAAUAGGCGGCUCUCUGCGUGGAGGAAUUCAGAUGACCCCUCCCCUGGAGAACUAAAUACUGGAAUAGAGCUCCAUGAUUAUCCCCAGGCAGUUAUAAGGAAGGGCUCCAGGAAGUACUUCCGCAGUGGUCCAUGGACUGGAGAGCAAUUUAGCGGUGCUCCUGAGUUAAGGGUGAAUCCAGUAUUCGAUUACAGCUUUAUAUCUAACAAAGAUGAAGUGUACUACACCUACCAACUGAAGAAAAAGUCUGUCAUUUCAAGGUUGGUGUUGAAUGAUACAAGCUCUUCUCAACAGCGGUAUGUGUGGGUGCAAGCUGAUCAAGCCUGGCGGCUCUAUUCAUCAGUGCCACGUGAUUAUUGUGACACCUAUGGCCUUUGUGGUGCGAAUGGAGUUUGUGUAAUUAGUGACUCACCUGUUUGUCAAUGCUUGGAAGGUUUUAAACCAAAAUCACCAGAAAGGUGGAAGUCGAUGGACUGGUCACUGGGAUGCAUCCUCAGCAAGCCAUUGAACUGCCAGAGUAAGGAUGUGUUCGUCAAAUUUUCUCACCUGAAACUACCAGACACUGCCAACUCUCAGGUAAAUGGUACUAUGAAUAUUAAAGAUUGCAGGGAAGCAUGCUUGAAAAAUUGUUCGUGUAUGGCUUACUCAAACUCAAAUAUUAGAGGACAAGAAUUUGGAUGUGUCCUUUGGUUCGGUGAUCUGAUUGAUAUUCGGCAGAUUCCAAAUGGUGGUCAAGAUCUCUAUAUAAGGAUUGAGGCUUCAGGACAAGCUAAAAGGCGUGUGGUUAAAGCAGUCUUAAUUAGUAUAACCACAGUGGCCGUGCUUUCUGGGUUGGUUUUCUUCUGCUACUAUCUUUCUCGGAGGAAGAAGAAGGAUAAAGGGAUAGGUGGAGAAGAAUACACCAGUGUAGGUCCAAAAGUGGACCUAGAGCUACCAUUCUUUGACUUAGCAACCGUAGCUCGUGCUACUGAUAAUUUCUCAGUAAACAACAAGCUUGGUGAAGGAGGAUUUGGACCUGUUUACAAGGGAACACUAGAAGAUGGACAGGAAAUCGCUGUGAAGAGGCUUUCCAAGAGUUCCGGACAAGGAGUGAAUGAAUUCAAAAAUGAAGUGAACCUGAUAGCAAAACUUCAGCACCGAAAUCUUGUAAAGCUUGUAGGAAGUUGUAUUGAUGAUGAAGAGAAGAUGUUGAUCUAUGAAUACAUGGCUAAUGGGAGCUUGGAUUCGUUUGUUUUUGAUCAAACAAGGCGGGAACAAUUGGGAUGGUCAAAGUUCUUCCAGAUCAUCGAUGGAAUUGCGCGUGGUCUUCUCUACCUUCACCAGGAUUCAAGGUUGAGAAUUAUUCACAGAGAUUUGAAAACAAGUAAUGUGUUGCUUGAUGAUGAGCUGAAUCCGAAGAUUUCAGACUUUGGUUUAGCAAGAACUUUUCAAGGGAAUCAGUGUGGAGACAACACAAAAAGAGUCGUUGGAACUUAUGGCUAUAUGGCUCCAGAAUAUGCGCUCUAUGGUCUAUUUUCAGUAAAAUCUGAUGUUUUCAGUUUCGGUGUGCUAUUGUUGGAGAUAAUACGCGGACAGAAGAAUGUAUGCUUCCAUCAUCCACACCAACAUCAAAAUCUUAUAGGAUACGCAUGGAGAUUGUGGAUCGAAGGUAGACCCCUCGAACUAGCUGAUUUCUCAUGUGAGGACUCGAGUUCUAUGUCAGAGAUAUUGAGAUGCAUUCACGUCAGUAUGUUAUGCGUCCAGCAGAAUCCAGAAGACAGACCGAAUAUGUCAGCCGUGAUUCUGAUGUUGAAUGGAGAGAGUUCACUACCACAGUCAAAACAACCUGGAUUUCUGAUAGAUUUGAUACCAACUGAGUUUACUAGUACCAGACCUGAUUCUUGCACUGCAAAUGGAAUUACGUUUUCGUCUUUUGGGGCUCGUUAAGCUGACCACUUAACACACCCUCCAUUUAUUUACCAUUAUUCUUGGCUUAAAUGAAGCAACAUGGCCAGUGAGGAUUCAUAUAACCGGCCUCCACUUCCAUAGGAUUGACGCGUAGUAGUUGUUUGUUAUUCUUGAGUUUCAUUGUGCAUUAGUCCAAUUAUGUUAUGUAGGAAUUUAUUGAGAUUCAUGUCCAAUUUACUGUUAUAGUUUCAAGAAAAGGAAAUAUCCAUUCCAAGAAUAUGAUGUAAAAUAUGUACUGGAUUAUCUUGUAUUUAUAUUGAAGGUAUCAUUAUGAAAUUUGGUAAUGUGAGACAAAGGAAGAAACAAUACAUUUUUGGACCCUCCUAUCAAUUCACAAGUUAAAACAUACAAUAUUAUUCAUCAUGUGAUCUUCUUA